AUGAAUUUGAAUUUCAACGACGCAAGAACUAAUAAUCGAAACGACAGUGAUCUUAUUAAUUGGGAAAAUACGAAAAAUCAAAUAAAAAUUUUGUUCAAACAAGAGGUUAUCAAUAUGAAUAGCGAAUUUACCUCAAACGAACUAUCUCAGAUUUUUGGUCAUCAUAAUAAUAGAAGUAAAAAAUUCAUUAUGAGCUAUUUAGUUUUCAAGUUUCCCCAAAGAAUUCGAAUCAAAAAUCAGCUAUUUUUUUUUAUUCAAUCCAAUUUCAAAGUUAAUGAUAAAAAAAAAGCAAUUGUUUUGACUAAAACCACACUGAGAGAAUUUAAUGUAUCGUUUUUAAAAUGGACAGCAAAAAAUUUAACUAUAGAUAAGGACAACUCCAAUAGUAGAAAAAAAGAGAAAAUGAUUAAAACAUAUCAAUUGAAGCCUUUUGAGAUUGAUUCUAAGUUUUUGAAAAGUUUGUUAAAUGAUAUUCUAGAUUAUAAUUUUAUCCAUCUCUAUAACCAGAAUAGUCAAAAUAACAACCAGCUAUAUGAAAAGUUUGGAAACUUAGAUAUUGUGUAUAAAACCCCAACAAUUUCAAAUGCCUUGAACAACAUUACCAUACAAAUCUCACAAAAGGACUUGAAAGUGUUUGUGGAUAAUUAUCGUCAGAUAAGCAAGAAGAAAAACGACUUGAACAUUCUCGAAUCCAUUUACAGCCAUUUGAAUUUCUACACAAGCAUCUCCUUCAGUAAAUUAAAUAUCAUCAAAUUAUCGAACAACUACUUCACCAUCCUCAACCACCCCAGCACUAGCAGUUCCAACAGCAACUCUACUAAAAACAACAAAACCAUCGAUUCCACCGACACACUGAUCAGUUUCGAGGCACUCUGCAGAAUCAGAUUCAAAAACACAUUUCCUCUUUCCUCUCAGGAAGCAGCAGAAGUAGAAGAAGCAGAAGCAGCAAAAACGUCAAUCUCGGUUUUUAAGAUUUUGUUUGCUAUUUACGCCGGUUCCACGUGA